UAACCUGACGCGCGUAUUGAAAGGUGUAUAACUGUAUGUCAAUCAAACGUGAACGUUAUAUCGACAUGCGGUAGACGUUUUAGCCGUUUAUUGUUAUGUUUCGGAGCUUGAAACUUGCGGUUUAUAGCUAUUAGCAAAAUACAUUACAGUGUUUCGUUCAAUAUGGAAUAUAAAAUAUGAACGUUAUGGUUCAAGUUUAAACACUUAAUUUUAUAACAGAAAUAAUUGUAUAUAUUUAUAAAACGUGAUAAAAUAAUGUGCUAAUAUAAGAAAGGAACUAAGAAAUGGAUUUACACAAGGUUUUCAAGUGGCGCGCGUUGCUGGUGUUGCUAUGGCGACUUAGUCACGUGACCUCCCUCAUUACACAAAUCCCACUACCGACGGACAUCCGUAACUGCUUCGAGGACCAGCGGAAUCCGACGGCCUCCGUCGGCGAGGUGUUCUUCAACCGCUGCGUCCAUCGCGUGCUGUGGCAGCGUCAAACGUCGCCGAAAACUGCUACCCUUGGCGAUGAUGCGAAACAGUGGAUAAGUGGUUUAGUCGAUAUGGCGAACAUCGACGCUACGAGCGUUGACGCUUUUAAUGACCUACUUGGAAAGUCAAAUGGCGGACCAUCCGAUGUAGCCGGCCGGGAAAAGCGACAGACGGCUAAUGGCCGCCGGCAGCCCUCUAGACGGCAGCCUCGCGUCCGGAAGGAAUACCGGCUACUGACUGAUGAGGAGCGGCGACUGUUUCAUAGGGCGCUGAACAUGUUAAGGGCAGAUAGAAGCGUUUCGCCGAACAAGUUUGCGGCCCUGGGGAGGCUACACUUACUGUCUGUUGAUCGCUCACACUUUGGGCCGAAUUUCUUCCCGUUUCACCGCCUUCUUCUUGUUGUGAUGGAGAAUGCUCUACGAGAGAAGAUACCAAGCGUGACGAUACCAUACUGGGACACGACCUUGGAUGACGGCCUCCUAGAUCCGCGGUCCUCCAUUCUCUGGACGACCGAGUUCCUGGGUGACGCCAAUGGCUACGUGACGGACGGCCCUUUUGCCAACUGGGAGACGCCGACGGGGCCGUUGUUACGAUUCUUCGGCACGGAAGGGACGAUGAUGAACUGGACGUACAUACACAAUGCGUUCCGCCAGGAUCACUUGGAGAAUAUCACGACGCCCUACGCACUUCCGGAUAAUAAUCUGGAGGAACAUCAUAACCAGGUUCACCUGUGGGUGGGCGGUCAGAUGGCUCCUCCGCGACUGGCAGCCUACGACCCGGUGUUCUAUCUACUUCAUUCGUACGUGGACUUACUGUGGGAGAUAUUUCGCGGGUUGCAGAAGCGUCGGGGAGUCGAUCCCACGACUGACUACCCGAUGGAUAAAUCAAAAAUCCCGGCAGGUCAACACUAUAAUGAUUCUUCCGGUUUCGGAGCGCUUCUCAACCGCCACGGACUGAGUAAUGUGUUUACCGACAACGUUUACAAAUACGAACGCCCGCCGACGUGUACCCGGCAAAUUCCGGACUGCGGCUCCGAUUAUCUCCGAUGUGAUACUUCCGGUCCGGAGCCCAAAUGCAUCUCCGCCUCAAUUUUCGACCCAAAGCCGACAUUUUUAGCCAACGGCCUUCCAAUGAAUGGAGGUUCUGGUGUCCGCCACGCACGGAGCGUUCGCGGUCAGGCGAUACAGGAGAGGUUCAAAAGUGCGGUGGACCACGCCGCUGUCGUCAAGUGUCAAGCGGAUAACGUCAACUCUCAAUACGUGAACACAUUUCUAAUCAACGGGAAGGCGGAUGAGACACUAUGGUCGUAUAUUCCUGUACAGGUUUACUUAAAAAAUAAUGAUAAAACUGGAAAUAAAACUGUACCUGUGUAUGACAUUUGUACAAAACAAAAUAUGACUGAUAUUUCGCGCCGUGUGUUUGUGGAGUCGAAUGGGCUAAACUAUGACGGCGCGUUCAAGCAUAUCACUCACUUCCGGAAAGACUUAAGCAUGGACGCUUCUUUAGCGUUCGUCGGCGUCAAGAGGCCGCGCGCCGCAGCCGAUACGGAAGUGAUAAUUUCCGCAUACGAUAAUUGUGGGCGGGUAUGUCAGCCAUAUUGUGUGGACGCAUCCGGAAGUAGCCGACAGUGCGCAGGAGCGGUAAAGAUUUCGAGAGAAGUGCCAUUUAUGUAUGGAGAUGACGUCGCUUCCACCACGCGUGCGGUAUGGACAGAGGACAAUUUUGGACUUCCUGUUUUAGCUGAUAACCAAAUAUUUCUGCGAUUUGUUUGUGACACAGGCGUUUCAUUCUGGCCGUGGUAAAUUGUCGUGGUGCUUAUUUGUGUGUGUCUUAUUUUAAUAAAUGUUAUUAAAAAAAUUCAA